AUGGCAAAUUACUUUUCCUAUUUCCUCCUCCUCCUCUUCACGACGGUGGCACUCACCACCACCAAUCUCCGCCGCCUCUCCGCCACAGGCUCACUGUCACCUGCACCUUCUCCAUCGACUCGACCCCAACUCCCGGUCUCUGCUCUACCCAUUUCACCACCCUCACCGCCGCCGCCACCACCGGAGUACAUCCAGCAAGAACAACUCAAGAAUAUAAUCGACGCCCUCAUCGGCGCCGGAGACUUCGCAGCGUGGGCAAACAUUCUGUUCAAUCCCAACACUAAUUCAUCUAUCCCUACAACAGCAACCGCUGCACUCAUCCCAACCACCGCCACCAUGUUCGUCCCUGGCAACGACGCUCUAACCCACCUCUCCGCCACCGCCACCGGCGCCUACAAUUUCGAUCCCUUCAUCAUCCCUUACCACAUCCUCCCACAACGCCUAACAUUCUCGGAGCUCCAACUCUUUAAAACCCAAACUCGACUCCCUACACUGUUGCCUUCAAAAACCGUCAUAAUCACCAACAAUACCGCUGCCAAUUUCACCAUUGAUGAUUCCUUAAUCGAACAACCAGAUAUUUACCUCACCGCCGCCGUCUGCGUCCAUGGUAUCGCCACCAUCCUCGAUUACACGGUCUACGGUGAUGCUGAUUCAACUCCGCCCAGUAAUUCCCUUCCGCCACCACCAUUGCCGACGCCCGACACAACUCUCACUCCUCCGCCGGAACUUUGCAUUUUAUCAGAUUUAUGACAGAGGACAGCAUAUAGCAUCAUCUUCCUAAGAAAUUGGUGCCAAGGUAGACCGAUUUUUAAAGGGUUGGGAGAUGGGUUGAUCAUUUGAUAGAUGGUUCAGUGUAGCCAAUUUAAAUGGACUGGGUGUAUGUGAAACACUAGAGAGCCCAAGACCACCAUUCCGUCCUGCUGAAAAGAACAAUGGAACCAAGUCCUGUUCUCGCACUAGGGAAGUCGGUUCUAGGUACAAAUCACCAACAUUAACGCGUUGCCCUUCUCCAAACACAACAGAAGUUACAACAAUGUUGUCAGCUAUUUCAAAUAGAGUUGUUUCUGCAGAAAGAAGGCGUAUGUUCCCAAGGGUUUUCUCAAGUGAUUCACGCUUCUGCUCCAUUCCGGCUCAUGAGGAUGGGGAGAUGUUCGAUUAAUAAUGCAUCAUUCAAAUACCAAUGUAAGUUCCAUUCAAGCUUCAUCAUUAAUCUUUUGCCAUGGAUAUGCUAUGAUCAUUCUUAAAAACUAAAUAAAUUUAUGACUUAUUAUAUUUUGUACAGAGAUGAGCAAAAGAUUAUGCUCAGACACCGACACCAGCAAAAUGUUUUACUUCAUCAGUCCACAUAAGAAUCAACUAAUCCAUAGAUAUCUAAAACCACCGGUUGGCAUUAGUUUUCCCAUUUGCAUCUUGUUUAUUUUAUAAGUCAUCUUUUGACACAUGAUUACAGUUAAUUACUUCUAUAUGUGCAAAACUAUAUCAUUGUUGAAACAUGAUCACUGAAUAAUUACCAUAAGCUAACGUUUUAAUAAGCCACAACACUUGAAGGAUAUCCUUGUUUAUCCUUCUACAAUAGUAAAGUAAACCAUGGGUGAAAAAAAUCCCAUAAAUGAGUAUCAGCUCUUCUGAUCUUUUUUUUGAAGUAUAUAAUAUUUAUAUACCGCAAAUACAACAAAUAAACUCAAACACCCUCCUCACCUUGGUGAGGUUUGAACCCCUGAUCUCUUAGGAGGCCAAGGAUUACGAUAUCGCUAGGCCAAAGGCCCUUUGGUAACUCUUCUGAUCUUGUUGUGUCUGAAACGAUGAUAUUUAUUCUUUUGCACAAGACAUGGUUAUAUUUAUUUGUUCACAUUGUUACACUGUUGAAGAGACUUAAUUUUGAAAGAACUAACCUUAUUUUAAAUUUUACUGCGAAGUAGCAUAGCCCGUUUUGACUUCUGUUUAAAGUCAAAAGAAAACAGAUGAAUGAUGGGUUUUCCAUCAUUAAGAGAGAAUAUAAGAAUCUUAAAAACAGAGGAUAUUAAUAAAAGAAUAGUUAGGGAAGAUUAAUAAAAGAGGU